UUGUGGAGUGUGGAGUGUGGAGUGUGGAAAUGGGAGUGAGGGCGACGUAGCAGAUCCUGAUUCCACCAGGCAGAGGCAGUAGCGGCAAAAGCGUCCUUCGCAUUCAAGCAAUUGAGGCUUCCCACCGUUUGAAGCCACAACCAAACGAACCUUUUCUCUUUCUUUUUUUAUUUUAUUAAUUAGUCAAAUUUCAGAAAUUAUUUUUUAAACUUUUUGCAACUAUAAAUACGAGGGUCGUUAGAACGCAAGCAUCGUGCAGUUAAUUACACGCGAACCGAAUUCCGCUACUCUGAUCCUUUUUCAGCUUUUAAUCAAAGGUUCUUCUACCUCUGAUUCGGAGCUAAAUUUUCUGACGGGCCUUCUUUGAGCCACUGCAGGGUUUGAGAAAUGGCUCGCAAGAAGAUCAGAGAGUACGAUUCAAAGAGAUUGUUGAAGGAGCACUUCAAAAGGAUCUCUGGCAGAGAACUUCCCAUCCAAUCCGCUCAAGUCACUGAAUCAACUGAUUUCAAUGAGCUCGUUGAGAGGGAACCUUGGCUUUCAUCAUCAAAAUUGGUCGUGAAACCCGACAUGUUGUUUGGAAAGCGUGGGAAAAGUGGUUUGGUUGCCUUAAAUCUUGAUCUGGCUCAGGUUGCUGCAUUUGUGAAAGAGCGCCUGGGCAAAGAGGUAUCGAUGGGUGGAUGUAAGGGUCCCAUCACAACAUUUAUUGUGGAACCCUUCAUUCCACACAAAGAAGAAUACUAUCUUAAUAUUGUCUCAGAGAGACUUGGAUGCAGCAUUAGCUUCUCGGAAUGUGGAGGAAUUGAAAUAGAGGAGAACUGGGAUAAGGUCAAGACCAUAUUUAUCCCAACUGGAGUGUCUCUCACUUCAGAAAUAUGCGCUGAGCUGGUGGCGACCCUUCCUUUAGAGAUCAAAGGAGAAAUGGAGGAGUUUAUCAAGGCAGUUUAUACCCUGUUCCAAGAUCUGGACUUCACUUUCUUGGAAAUGAAUCCUUUUGCGAUUGUUGAUGGGAAGCCCUAUCCUUUGGAUAUGAGAGGUGAACUAGAUGACACUGCUGCUUUCAAGAACUUCAAGAAGUGGGGAAGUAUUGAAUUCCCAAUGCCAUUUGGUAGGGUUAUGAGUCCUACAGAAAGCUUUAUCCAUGGCCUAGAUGAAAAGACAAGUGCAUCUUUGAAAUUCACAGUUCUGAACCCCAAGGGACGAAUUUGGACAAUGGUGGCUGGAGGAGGUGCAAGUGUCAUCUAUGCAGAUACGGUCGGAGAUCUUGGUUAUGCCUCUGAGCUUGGAAACUAUGCAGAAUAUAGUGGAGCACCUAACGAAGAGGAGGUGUUGCAGUAUGCCAGAGUUGUUAUUGAUUGUGCAACUGCAGACCCCGAUGGCCAAAAGAGAGCACUCGUGGUUGGAGGAGGGAUAGCAAACUUUACUGAUGUAGCUGCUACAUUUAAUGGCAUAAUUCGGGCCUUGAAGGAGAAGGAAUCAAGGCUGAAAGCGGCUAGGAUGAAUAUUUAUGUAAGGAGGGGAGGCCCCAACUACCAGAGAGGUCUGGCCAAGAUGCGGGCACUCGGCGAAGAACUCGGUGUUCCAAUCGAGGUUUAUGGGCCAGAGGCAACCAUGACUGGUAUAUGCAAGCAAGCGAUUGAGUGCAUAACGGCAGCUGCAUAAGUCAGGACUGGGAACACCAUCCGCGUCGAGCAUGUGGUAGAGAUCGAGCAUGUGGUAGAGAUCUUAUAAUUAUGUUGUGUAGUUUUCUUUGUCUUCAACCAAUUUGUGGCGAUAGUUCCUCAAGUUUUUAAUAAAAAUCUCCAUUUGUUAUGCAUUUGAACAAUAAUUUGUGAGCAGAAACUUUUGGGUGGAUAAGGAUAAAGCAAGGGGGUCAUACGAAUUCAAUAUGGAUAGGUGUAACGAUUUGGACUAUUCUGUGUCGUUGUCAGUAUAGGCUUAUCUUUCAUUUAAGAGGAGGCCAUUAAAUUUAGUAGCCAAUUUCUCACUGCUAUUUGAACUA